CAUAGAAGCAGCUAAAAACAACGCUACGGUGCAGGUCUUUCUGUGUAGUUAUGUAUUGUCACGCUGCAGCCUUGGAAAAUAUUAAAACCGUGACAGAAUCACCCACCACAACAGGACCGAGCGGCGUGGUAACGGGCAGCAGCAGGAGCAGCUUAAUAAGGACUUCUGGACUUGGAAAGAAAUCCUCGACGGGAGAGGACCCUGGGCUAAACCAGGGGAGUGUAGCCGCCCCAAGGUGCAGCUCAAAGAGGAAUGGAGAUGGGAGGAUAAACUGGACAGUAAAGGACCCUGGGCACAGCCAGGAGAAUAUCGCCGCCCCAAAGAAGAGCUGGAGGCGUUGAAAGCGGAGAGGCGCUGGUAUGAGGAGGCAGCACGGUGACGCGGAUGGAAGCCCGAGAGUCAGCCCCAAAAAUGUAUUGGGGGGAGGCUCACAGGAAGUAUGGCGAAGCCAGGUAGGAGACCUGCGUCAACUUCCUGUAGUUAACGGGGGGCUAGAGAGACCGGGCAGGCACAGUGUUAUGCUGUGGUGCGCACGGUGUCCCCAGUGCGGGUGCAUAGCCCGGUGCGGUAUAUUCCAGCUCAGCGUAUCGGCCGGGCUAGAGUGAGCGUCGAGCCAAAUGCCAUGAAGCCGGCUCUACGCAUCUGUUCCCCAGUGCAUCUCCUUGGGCCGGCUUACAUGGCAUCAGCCUUGCACACGGUGUCCCCGAUUCGCCUGCAUAGCCCAGUGCGGGCUAUUCCACCUCGCCGCACUGGGAGAGCGACCGGGAGUAUUCAACCAGGUAAGGUUGGGCAGGCUCGGUGCUCAAGAGCUCCAGUGCGCCUGCACGGUCCGGUCUACCCAGUACCACCUCCACGCACCAGCCCUCCGGUGGCAGCUCCCCGCACAGGCUUCCUAUGCGUGUCCUCGGCCCAGUACCACCAGUGCCAGCAGGCCUACAGUGCGCCUCGCCUCUCCAGCGCUGCCAGAGCCUUCCUCCUCUCCUGCGCUGCCGGAGUCUCCCGCCUGUUUAGCGCUGCCAGAGCCUUCCUCCUCUACAGCGCUGCUGGAGUCUCCCGCCUGGCCAGAGCUGCCAGUCUGCAUGGAGCAGCCAGAGCUGCCAGUCUGCAUGGAGCAGCCAGAGCUGCCAGUCUGCAGUGAGCUGUCAGUCUGCAAGGAGCUGCCAGUCUGCAAGGAGCUGCCAGUCUACAAGGAGCUGCCGGUCUGCAUGGAGCAGCCAGAGCUGCAAGUCUGCAAGAAGCCGCCAGAGCUGCCAGUCUGCAAGAAGCCGCCAGAGCUGCCAGUCUGCAAGAAGCCGCCAGAGCCGCCAGAGCUGCCAGUCUGCAUGGAGCAGCCAGAGCCGUCAGUCAGCAUGGAGCAGCCAGAGCCACCAGUCAGCUUACAGCAGCCAGAGCCGCCAGUCAGCAUGGAGCAGCCAGAGCUGCCAGUCAGCAUGGAGCAGCCACAGCAGUCAGUCAGCCAGGAUCCGCCAGUCAGCCAGACUCUUCCAGAUCCGCCAGUCAGCCAGACUCUUCCAGAUCCGCCAGUAAGCCAGACUCUUCCAGAUCCGCCAGUCAGCCAGGAUCUUCCAGAUACGCCAGUCAGCCAGGAUCCGCCAGUCAGCCAGACUCUUCCAGAUCCGCCAGUCAGACAGGAUCUUCCAGAUCCACCAGUCAGCCAGGAUCCGCCAGUCAGCCAGACUAUUCCAGAUCCGCCAGUCAGCCAGACUCUUCCAGAUCCGCCAGUCAGCCAGGAUCUUCCAGAUCCGCCAGUCUGCCAGGAUCCGCCCCUCUGCCCAGAGGCGCCGGAGCACCUCAGCCCAGAGGCGCCAGAGCCCCUCAGCCCAGAGGCGCCAGUGCCUCCCGCCUCUCCAGUGCAGCCGGAGGCUCCCGCCUGUCCGGCGCUGCUGCCGGAGUCUCCUACCUGUCCGGCGCUGCUGCCGGAGUCUCCCGCCUGUCUUGCGCUGCUGCCGGAGUCUCCCCGCCUGUCCGGCACUGCUGCCGGAGUCUCCCGCCUGUCCGGCGCUGCUGCCGGAGUCUCCCGCCUGUCCGGCGCUGCCGGAGUCUGAAGAGCCCCUCUGUCCCGAGCUGCCCCUCUGUCCCGAGCUGCCCCUCUGUCCCGAGCUGCCCCUCAGUCCAGUGGGGUUAUGUAGUAGGGUCGCCGUAGUUAGGAGGCCAAGGAAGCGGACAAGGUGGCAGACUAAGACUAUGGUGAAGUGGGGCUCACGUCCAGCACCAGGGCCGCCACCGCAGACAUAUGCCCACCCAGACCCUUCCCAAUAGGUUCAGGUUUUGCGGCCGGAGUCCGCACCUUGGGGGGGGAGGGGGGGUACUGUCACACCCUGACCAUAGUUUGCUUUGUAUGUUUAUAUGUUUUGUUUGGUCAGGGUGUGAUCUGAGUGGGCAUUCUAUGUUGUGUGUCUAGUUUGUCUGUUUCUGUGUUUGGCCUGAUAUGGUUCUCAAUCAGAGGCAGGUGUUAGUCAUUGUCUCUGAAUGGGAACCAUAUUUAGUUAGCCUGUUUGGUGUUGGGUUUUGUUGGGUGAUUGUCCUUUAGGUCUGUCGUGUGUUAGUUUGCACCAGUAUUAGGCUGUUUCGGUUUUCGUGUAUUGUUUAUUGUUUUUUCAUAUUGAUUCGUAUUUACUUCAGUUUUAUUAAACAUGGAUCGCAAUAGACACUGCC